AUGGAAGAAGGGCAAAAGCUAGUAGCCAUGGGCAGUAGAGAUCAAAAAGAGUUUGAAAGAGAAUACAGAGAAAAACAGUUCAAUAAUCGUGGAGGAAAUAACAAGAUUCAAAGGCUUUAUAACCAACUAGAAGGUUAUGGAGGGCAAAAUCAAUAUUAUAACCAAGGCCCAGGAGGUAGCAAAGUGGUUUGGGAGCAGAUAAAGAUGUCGCAUCUAAACACCGCGAUAGAGAAAAUCUGGGAAGCGGUAAUUCUAAUGGAAGAUAUCCUAGAGCCACCAAAUAUGGGAAAUGAGCCACCAUCAGGGAGAAGAAGUAGAGAAUUCUGUGCUUAUCAUCGUUUCCACGGUCACACCACCAGUAAUUGCAGAAAUGUGAAGAAAAUUAUACUAAGAAUGAUUGAUCAGGGGAAGCUAAACCACUUUUUAGUGCAACCACAACAGAGUCUACCACCACCACCAGAGGGGGAUGCACAAGAAGCAUAUAAUAUUUUUCACGAUAAUGUCCUAAGCCGAGUUUAUGCAAGAGAUAGUGAUGGAAGAGAGAUACUCAACCCGGCAAAGGUAUCACCACUGAAAGAUUGGCAGAGACAACCUAUUUCUUUUACCGCGGAAGAAGUACCAGGAUGUGGAGAACAUCACGAGAGACCAUUAGUGAUCAAGUUGGAAAUCAACCCAAAAGUAAAAACUGAUAAAAAUACGGAGGAUGACGCGGAUACAUGGGAUCUAAAUAGAAUACUGAUAGAUCCUGGUAGUUCAGUCGAUAUACUAUUCUAUCACACAUACAAAACUUUGGGUGGUAGAGAUGAGGACCUAAUCUCAUGUACCUACAAGAUCUACGCUUUCAAUGGAUCGGCCACUAAGACAAAAGGGGAAAUAACGUUGCGAAUUCCUUUAAAGAUCAUAUCCACAGAAAUAGUAUUCUGCGUUGUUGAUGUAGAAUCUCCAUAUAAUGCUUUGAUAGGAAGACCAUGGUAUUCUGGGAGUGGCCUCAACUUUCCACCGAUGUAUCAAGUUCCCCUUACCUCAAGGUAUUGGAGUGAUAAGAGGAGAUCCAAAUGA